GUCGUAAGUGCAUUGUAUCCAUAAACGGCUUCCCAGACCAGAAAGACUGACAGACUGAGGCACUCUACUGUAAGCACGUAGCAAACUCUGCUCACUUUCACUUAUGAUAGCUUUCGGUGGAUUUUUGUGGUCGAAGGGAACAAGGAUGAAAUUAAACAGGCCAGUUCGCGACAGGAUGUAUUUUAUCCUGCUGAUUUUAGGAAAUAUUGCGACUGUAACAGCUGUACCUGGAGUUCAUAACGAAACAGGCCUGUAUCUUGACUGUACCAACAACCUGGACGGCGAGAUGUCGUGCGACUUUGACGCACAAAACUGCUCUGAAUACAGUUUGACUCUGCAGAGCAAUGACGGUUAUGGGCAGAAAAUUUGCUCAGUUCCCAAGGAGUGUGGCCUUGGACGGUGUUGUUGCUCUGUCCAGAUGACACUUGUUUUAGGGGAGACUCAUACAGCAACUGUUUGGAAAAGAGGAGAGAGAAUCCAGUCCAAAAACAUCAGUAUCUCAGAAAGCAUAAAGCCCAAAACCCCUACAAUCACCUCCGUGGAAGAAGUUAAUGGGAAUUUUCAAGUGAUGUGGGAAACAAACAUGAAGAGCUCUUUCAGUAGUAGUCCAAAUGCUAAUGUGACGUACCAUAUAAAAGGAGACACUAAAAAGGUGUGUCAGUUUAUCCCACCAACUUCCAUUGGUGAACUGAAGAUGUAUGAAAUAUCAGGCCAAGAUUUGGAGCCAAGUACAACAUAUGUUGUCAGUGUGAAAAGCUUCUCUGAUUGGAGUGAAAUGUUCAGUGAAAGCAGCAACGAGUGGGAAUUCACAACUAGUGUCUCCCCUAAUGCCAUGCUCUUGGCUAUCAUCAUUAGCCUCAGUAUUGUUGCUGUCCUUAUCAGUGGGGCUAUAUUUGGCUGUUAUGUAAAGUUGAAGACAGAGUGGUGGGACAAAGUUGCCAAAUAUCCAAAUUCAAAAUUUCUUAUGAUGUAUCCAAAUUACCAAGAGACCUUGAAGCCUGAGCCACCCAUCAUUUCCAAUGUCUGUGUUGAGCCCCUCAUUUCAGAUGACAGCAAACCAUGGUCGAAAGUUUCACUGACAGACACGAGCAGUGGGAGCCUUCAGCAAAGCAGCGGGAUCAGCAUUGGUUCCUCUUGUCUCAGUUAUGCUAACACAGAACCUGCAGACAUUAUAACCAAGGUUAAUGUUGCCCUUUGUAAAGCCUUCCCUAAUAUCAGCCCGAUAUCACCUUUGACCACCAGUCCACUUACAGAAUUAAACAAGGACAGCGGUUUAUUCUCUGUUCCUUUUGACGUCAGAGCUGAUGAUGUGGAUUCGGGAUCAUCAGGCUUUGACAAUAAAACCUAUUCCAUCCUUAUGCCCAGCUGCCCACAUCAGUUGAUGGACAGCUCUGAGGUCCAGUCACAGGCUGAAAUGCUUUUUGACUCUGGAUACCAUCCUAGUGAAGGUGGCACGGUGAGCUGUGCUGACCAUGAGGCACCAGCUUGUCCACUUCUUAAUUUACCACCGGGGGUUUCAUCUCUGAUGCCAUCAGACAUGUCAUAUCAGCAGUGCAAUGCAGAUUCUGGGCGAUUUUCAGAUGCAGAAGACUCCAGUUUGUCCUCCGUCUCUAGCGGCACCAACACACUUGCGUCAACUGAUCCUGUAUCCAGAGUGGAGGCUGGGUGUGACAGCCUCGAUGAGGUGAUUGGUGGCCCUAUGAUGCUAAACGGAAAAACUGAAGAGGUCCCCAUGUGUGACGACAAUCCCUGCUACGGCUGCGUGCCCGCAGGCUCACACAGCUUUCCUCCAGUGGACGACGACUACCAGGCAUUUCAAAAUUUGGUGGGGCAGCCUGAUGUUUUCUUUUCAGAGCAGAAAAGUGAGGAGAGAGUGGAGCAUUUUGACAAAUAUCCAGCAGAUACAUUCACUGUGAUCCCUCCAGAGACUCCAUGUUUCAUUAACAAUGUCCAGGGUGGUCAGUGUCUCUCUGAGCUCCAAAGACCUUUUCUCUCUUUGAUUGCUGCUGACCAGCCUAUUCCAGUAAUCACAGACAGCGGCUAUCAAAGUGUGUAAUGUUGAAUUUUUAUGUAUGCAUGUUUCGCUGGUGUCAUGUCUGCAUCUUUAAAUGAUACCCAUUGUUGAGAAAUUUGGAAAAUGUGAGACAGGGGGAGGAUGAUAUAAAAUACUGAGAAUUGGGUUUGUAUCUGUAACACAAGUUUCCAACUUGGCAAAACAAUCAAACAAAUUUGCCCAAAAGUCAAAGGUCAAAGUCAUUGCAAACGUAUAUAUACGUAUACGAAUACAACCGCAAAGUGGUAACUCUAGUUUAAAGGAUGUUGUGGAUAUUUCAUUUUCUUUGUUGCUUUGAUUCAAUGAGGACCUACUUUCACACCUUAAAAGCAAGUUAUGUGUGAAUAUUUUGGAGCCGUGCACAGUUUUUAUUAUUAUUUUUUUAUUAUCUCACAUGUAUGCAUAUGUAUCUCACCAGUAUUAGUCAAGUUGUUUGUAUGUAGCUCAAUGGUGUUUAAAUGCUGAGAGAACCACUGUCUCAAAUCUGUAUCAAGUAAGAGUGAUGUUUAAGUUAACUGAAGACCCAUCUCUGGUUGAUUAUUUAAAUUACUCUCUGGGCUUGAUUUGACAAGAAAAUGGCAGAUGUAGCCAAUUUGGCCAUUGGAAUUAAAUAAAAGCUAACUUAAUUCUGUGUCUGAAACAAGCCCCGGCAAUCAGCUGACAUGCAUUGCUGGCACUGUUCAGGGUUGUGAAAUUACUUCCUCAUAGCUCUUCUCUGGAAGUGCUGAGACUUUUCCACAGAAACAUGCAUCACCAGUAGGCUGUGCUCAUCAUCACAGCUAAUGUAAAUAACCAACAAAUCUAUUUCACUAUAGGAUUAAGCCAGUAAGUGUGAAUCAAGCAAAUGUUACUAUUAAGACAUAUUUUAUGUUGAAAUAAAAGUUGUUCACAUUGUG